AUGGGUUCCAGCAGCACACAACCGCCUCUAUCAAAUGAACAGGGGAGAGAGGUCCAUACUUCUGUUGGGAAUUGCCAUCCUCGCAAAAUUUCUAUCGGGAUUUUGCCGGAUUCCUCCUCACAGUCCAGAGCCAAAGAUUUUGCUAUUCAAACUGGAAGAGCUCCAACUCGGGGUAAACCAAUUUCUGCCAAAGAUGGUAAAAAUCUGAAGCAAAAAGAGGCUCCGGAGCAUGAGACUUCCCCUUGGAUUUCUACUAGAUCCUUCUGCCAUCAGUUACCAGUGCCAGAGCAACCUCAUGGUACAGGAGAACCAACUCCUCCUGUACUGUUAUCCAAAAAGCCUGUUGUGGAAAAAGAUAACCGAGUUCAUGACUCCAAGGGUGGAGCAACAAUUGGUGUUGAGAAAGUCUCCUUUGCCACAAUGAGGUUUAUGUCCAAAAAGAACGUGGGAGAGCAUGCAACUGCCAAAACAGAAACAAAGGGCAGCGAAACCUUGAGAAUGAAGCUCUGGGAGAUACUAGGAACCAUUGCACCAUCAAACAAUCCUAGACAGAACUCACAUUGCUUUACUGUGCAUGCCAAAAACAUGUCAUCAUUGCAGAGUAAAGAUCAAGAAAAUGUUCCUGUUGCAAAGGCUAGACAGAACUCAGAUACCAUUGAAAUGGAUUCUCAAAGCCCUCCUGAUGUCAUAGUUGGGAGACUGAGGACACGCUCUUUGACUAGAAAAGGGGCUGCUGGUAGUUUGAAGGAAAGCAAAAUGGAGAAUGCGCCAUCCACUCAUCCUACGAAGGGGAAGAAAGGAGGAAACAACAACUCAGUUCUUAAAGAGGGUUUCUCUAGAAGACUACGAUAUGGUAUCAGUGGAGGUCCUAAAACAUCCACAAGAAAAAUAUGCGAGAGGUUCAGUGCUGGCACUGGGGCUCACAUAUUGUUCUCUGAUGAAGUGGAAAAUCAGCCGGCGAAUAGUAGGAAUAAAGGAAUGCAUUGCCAUGUGAAAUCACAUUUGCAGGGAGAUAUAGAGAAAUCCAAAGGAGUAUUCUUUCAGCCCAAAAGAGUGGAUCUCGAAUUUGAUUCUCAUAUGUCUGAACAUCUGAAUAAGAAAGUUUCUUGUCCAAAAAUACUAGAGAAUGUGUCACAGGCAAAAGAAAAGCUUGAUGAUGUGUGUCCUACUUUUGGAGUUAAUCUAACCAAAGAAGGAUGCUAUCCCGAAUCUCUUCCAAUGGAAUUGGGGGGAGCAGAUAAUGGCAGCCCUGGAAAACCUUUACUUAGCAAAAAGGGGAUUCACAGCUUUAAAAGCUUUUUCUCUUCAAGAUCAAAGUUUGUCGAGUCAGAUACUGAGCAAGAGGACUCUCCUUAUGCUGUGGGACAGUUUGAAAAGUCUCCCCCCAUGAAAAAAUCAAAGCCUGUGAUAGAAGAACCUGAGUGUAGGAUGCCUCUAUCUUCAUCUUCUUCCGAGGACAGUGAUUUGCAGACUUCCAGAGAGGCUCCACGGGCUAAAGUACUUGAAGAAGACUGCAACCGUCAGCCACGAUUAGACUCGAAUGAAGAGGAUGGACUCCGUAGCAUUGUUUCACUAUUUGCAUUGGCUUUGGAGAGAGUCAAAAGCAACAUGAAAUCAAUGGUCAAGAAAAAAUGUGCUGAAAUUCUGAUGUCUGCUGCUGAAGGGAUACAGUUGCAGCUGCAAACUGCUGAAUCCCAGAUUCAAGCUGAUAUGGUGACGCUGAAUAGUAUCAACAAAUUAAAAAGAAAGCGUGUUGAUGCAAGAUUUGAAGAACUUCAAGGACAGCUGAAGGUACUCCAUGAAAGAUACAAGGAUGACGUUAAUCGUCAUCUUCAAGAUUGCAGAUCUACUGUUGAAAGUCUGGAGGCGCACCAGCUAGAACUCAAAGCAACUGUGGAAAAACAAUGUUUAUCACAUAAUAAGCUUAUAUCGCAAGCCGAAAAAGCCAUUGAGACACAAUUAAAUGAUGCCCAGAAGAGAAUAACAGAGGUCCAUAAUCUGGCUAGGAAGAAGAUGUCUCAGUUAAAACAUGAUGUGGCUGACUGCUUCUAA